CACCCACUCCUCUCUCUCUCUCUAGUUGCACACGCCCCAAGCGUGCCCGUCGGCACGAUGCCCCGCUGUCCGCCUGGCUUGUUUCCCCCCGUCUCGACUUCAUUGCGCUCGCCACCUUGCCCAUCGUGCCUCGUUGACUUUCAUCGGUGCUUAGCCCGAUCAUGCCCUUCGCCAGCUCGCCGUCUCCUUCCCGGCAACUGCGCCAGCCACUCCUCGCCCCUACUCUCGCGCACGGCGGGCGGGCGGCCGGGCGGGCACUCACUUUGCAGUGGCAUUGCCCAUCUUGCUCAUGAUGACACCUUCCUGCGUGUGCGGCGCAUGCGUGGCCACUUGCAGUGCGUCUGUGAGGAGGGGCAGUGGCGGCAGGGGCUGUGGCCCACUGCCUUGUCCCUGUCGCUCCGGCGCCACGGCGGCCAGCUGUGCGUCGUAGAGCGAGCCGUGCGCCGGGCGGGAGAGGUAGAGCGCAGAAGGCACGAGCAGCACGAGGGCGGCCAGCAGGAAGAGCUGCAGGAAACGAGGGAGAGAAGGCAUGGCUGAGGCGGGCGCCCAGAAGAUGCAAGUCCGAGAGGGCGUGGGUGAUGGAGGGAAAGCAA